AUGAAACUAGUAAAAUUUCUAACCAAUUUGAAAAAUGAACAAGUUAGUGUCGAAUUGAAAAAUGGUACAACAGUUUGGGGCACAGUACAAAAUGUUUCACCUUCUAUGAACUUAAUAUUAACAGAAGUAACACUAAGUCUACCUGUUUCUAACAAGAAUCAGAACCAUAACUAUUCAGCCAUAAGCAGUGUGUAUAUGAAUGGCGAAUUAGAUGCUCAAAAUAAAUCAUCAAGUAAAUUGCAGUACAUUAACAUACGUGGUAAUACAAUCAGACAAAUAAUAUUGCCUGACUCAUUAAAUUUGGAUAACCUAUUGAUAGAAGAUCAAAAUGAAUACAAUAAACUAAGAAAAAGGGGCAAAAUAAUUAACAGCAGUAAUAAAAAAAGAAGAAGAAAAUUAGGUGUAACUUCUACAAAUAGCAACAAUGAUUCUUCCAGUACUGAUGGAAAUAGCAACAAAAGAAUAAAAAAAUAA